AGUCUAGUUUCUGAACUCUGCUCCCAGCGCAGGGGUUCAGGAGGUGGGGAGAGAGGGGGAGUGUGAUUGAGUCUGGAAGUGGCAUAAACUUUGUUUCCCAUUUUGGUUAUCUGGGGUCUGGGAACAUAUUUCCUCAAAGCUUAUCGAAGGUGACUUAGAGACCUACCUACUUAUACUUCUGUUGGAAAGCCAGUGGAGGUAUUUCAACCUGAGAAGGACGUGUUUCCAGUAGAGAGGACAUCAGAAGGCAGGCUAGCUCUUAGAACUCAAGACUUCAUCCUGUGGGGAGAGUUGUCUGUGGUUCCACUGCUAGAGGGAAGUACUGGCCAGAAGAGUCUCUUGCCCACCCUCUCUGGACGCAAGACCUCUACUAACUGUAUUGCAAAGGAUCACCCUCUUGCCCAAGCUUGAGGAUGAAGUUUGACAACAUUCUAGAGGAGAUCGAUGGCUGUGGAUGGUUUCAGGUGCUGAUCGUCACUCUGCUCUGUAUCCCUCGAGUGAUACUACCAUGUCACUUCCUGCUGAACAACUUCAUAGCAGCCGUGCCCUCUCACCACUGUGACCUCAGCGCUCUGGAUGAUGGCAGCCUCUUUGGGAAUCUGACCCAGGAGCAGAGACUGACUGUCAGCGUUCCAGUACAGGAAGAUGGGACUCCAAGCUCCUGUAAGAUGUUCCCAGAGCCCCAGUUCCACAUCCUGUCCAACUCCAAUAACAGUGAUCUAGUUACAGUCCCCUGUCAGAAUGGAUGGGUAUAUGACAACAGCACCUUCAAAUCUACUAUGGCAACAGAGUGGGACCUUGUCUGUGACAGAAAAGGCAUGAAUAAAGCCACAGCCACCAUUUUCUUUGUUGGCGUGAUGAUUGGAGCUAUAGCCUUUGGUACCCUCACUGACAAGUUUGGGAGGAAGCCUAUGCUAUUGGUGUCCUAUACCAUAUCCAUGGUAUUUGGAUUUGCCAGUGCAUUCUCUAACUCAUAUACCAUGUUUGGAGUGAUGAGAUUCUUUACUGGCUUUGGACUUACAGGCAUCAGCAUCAUCUCGACCGUUCUCAGUGUGGAGUGGGUGGACAUUAAGCACCGGGCUUUAAUAGGUAUAACGGGCAGCAUGGCCUGGUCCUUUGGCAACAUGAUGCUAGCGGGCAUUGCAUAUCAAGUGAAUGAUUGGCGGAUGCUAAUGAUAGCUGUCUCUGCACCCCUGGGCUUGGCUAUCAUCACUUGGUGGUGGCUCCCUGAGUCUGCCAGGUGGCUCAUAGCCAAUGGCAAAGUGGAAAGAGCCCAUCUUUACCUGGAGAAAUGUGCUCGUUUUAACAACAGAAAGGACUUCACGUCCAAAAUCAAACUUGAGCACCUGUCUGAUGUGGUUGGCACGGACAACCAUAACAAGACCUACUCCUACCUGGACCUGGUGAGGACCCCAAAGAUGAGAAGACUGGCUUUACUAACAGGCAUAGUGUGGUAUGGCGUGGCUUCAACAUACUAUGGGAUCAGUUUAAACAUUACAGGGUUUGGCCUGAAUGUCUACCUCACCCACUUUAUCUACUCUGCCAUCGAGGUGCCCGCCAAGAUGGUCGUCUACUUCUGUCUCGAUACCAUUGGUCGGAAACACUGCCAGGCAGGCACUCUUCUGCUAACGGGAACCUGCAUCGCCAUCAACAUCUUUGUGCCCAAAGGUCAGUGGCAUGUUCGCACCAUCGUCGCUGUGCUUGGGAAAGGCCUAUCAGAGGCCUCCUUCACCACUGUCAUCUUGUAUACGGCUGAACUCUACCCUACGGUCGUAAGACAAAAUGGGUUGGGUUACAAUAACUUCAUGGCUCGGUUGGGCGUGUCCAUAGCACCCCUCAUCAUUCUAUUGGAGGACGUGUGGAAGCCCCUCCCUGAAGUCAUCAUCUGUUGUGUGUCCAUUCUUUCUGGUCUGGUGGCCUUCCUUCUCCCAGAAACCCACAAUGCAAGGCUGCCAGAGACCAUUGAGGAUAUUGAACAAACAAAAAAAAGAAAUCCCAUCUUUGUCUCAGCGCUGGAGAAAACUGAGAUCCUGCUGAAGUCACAGAAAAAUAAUGAGCUGGAUCAGUGACUGAGAUAUUUACUUAACUGCAUAGGUGUUAUUGUUUAGGGCCGCAUACUGUACACAUGUUUCAAACUGUUCCAAGAGUAUGAUAUUUCUGACUUCAGAACUGUUGUACAGAGUGGCUAUAGCAUGCUGAGUUUGUAAUUCUACCAUUGCUUCUGUAAUAAACCAAUUCCAGUGGAACGUGUUGCAUGCACCUUGUAGGAUCUGUAGCCAAUCUCUUGUCUCUGUGGUUGAUAUACAGUAUUUGAAGUGACUUCACGUUCAAACUAUAGGCUACAUCAGUAUUCACAUUCAAUAAAUAUUUGUAUAUUGCACGGACA